ACAAGAAACAAAUGUCAAAAUUAUAACAGUCAAAAAAAUAAACAAAUCAUCCAAGACACAAGAAACCAAAUUUUAAUGAAUAUAGAACUAAGAAAGCUCCAUUUCUAGUGAUUUGAUUGAUUAAUUGCAGUUAAAAAAAAUAUUUUUCUGAGCUACAUGAAUUUUUAAUGCCUGUCAUUGAGUGUUAUAAUUGUAUUUGUCACUUUUAGUAACUUACUCUGCUUUUAUAAUGGCUGAUAAAUCCAUUAGUGAGUCGGCAUAUAAGGGUGAUUUCGAUUUAGUAGCUCGAAAACUAGAGGAAGAUCCUUCUUUGUUGACUGCAAAAGAUUCGAGCGAGCGAAUACUGAUUCAUUGGGCAUGUUUAGGAGGUAAUUUCAAACUUGUAACUCAUUUGGUAAAUCUGAAGUCCCCAAUUGAUCCCCUAGAUGAUACAGAUACAAGUCCUCUAAUUCUAGCAAGUUCUGCAGGACAUGUAGAAGUAGUAUCUUUGUUAGUGGAUAAAGAGGCUAAUGUUAAUCAAAAGAAUGUAAACGGUCACAAUUCAUUACAAUAUGCUGCAUCAAAAGGAUGGUUGAAGAUAUGUCUAAAGUUGAUUGAGAAUGGAGGAAAUAUAAAUAUAACAGACAAAUAUGGAAGCACACCACUCAUUCGAGCUGCGUCAAAGGGAAACAUAGAAAUAGUAAAAUUGUUAUUAUCCAAUAAGGAAGCGGUAAAAAUAAAUCACCAGGAUAUAUAUGGAAAUACCGCUCUUCACCUGGCUUGUGAAGAUGAUCAACAGGAUGUUGCUUUAUUAUUGGCCAAAAACGGGGCUGAUCUAACAAUAAGAAACAAGGAUAGACAAACACCUUUGGAUUUAUGUACUUUAAAGUUAAUGAAAUUGUUAAAAUCACUUGAAACUAAUAACUGAAUAUUGUUUAUUAAUAAAUGUUUUAUGUUUUCUUUUAAAUAUUUGAUGUUCUAACACUUUAAAGACUGCCUUGAAAUAAUUUAAAUUAAAUAGAAGUAAAAA